AUGGCGCCCAUUAAUUCGAUAAUUAGUGAUCAAACAUCAUUAUCUUCAUCAUCCACAUUUUCAUCAACAUCAGCUUCAUCACUUCCAUCAUCAUUUUUACUAUCCACAUCAUCAUCAUUUUCUUCAUCAACAUCAUCUUCAUCGUCAUUUUCACCAUCAUCAUCAUUUACAACAUCAUCUUCGUCAUCACCAAUUUCGAAAGCAAUAUCAUCAUCAUCUUCGUCAUCACCUAAACCGUCUGUCGAGAAAACAAGAUCGAAUAAACGUAAGCCAAUACUAUACAUUAAAGGAUAUUAUUAUCGUUUGAAAGAUUUUAAUAAAAAUAAAACGAUUAAAUUUUGGCGUUGCGCAAAGAGAGAUUGUGGUGUUCUUUUACAUACAAAUCUCAAUGGUGAAUUUAUACUUUAUUCUGGAAAAAAUGUUGAUUAUAAACAUCUUCCGAAUCCUGCUGCAUAA